UGGUCGCAAUCAGCUACAGUGACCCUCGCCCAGCGCCUUUAUCUUCGGUGCGCGCGCCAGGGUUUCUCGCACUGCCGUCUCGACUAGCAGCGGCCUCCAGAUCCAGAUCCACGACAAUCUCGGCGCUGCUCGCGAGAUCCUGUGCCAUGGCGUCUCACAUUGCUGGCUACCCUCGCAUGGGCCCGAAGAGAGAGCUCAAGUUCGCUCUCGAGUCGUUCUGGGAUGGGAAGUCGAGCGCUGCGGAUUUGGAGAAGACUGCCAAGGAUCUGCGCGCCUCGAUCUGGAAGCAGAUGUCCGAUGCCGGGGUUUCAUUCAUCCCCAGCAAUACAUUCUCCUACUAUGAUCAGGUCCUCGAUACCACGGCCAUGGUGGGAGCUGUUCCUCCCAGAUAUGGCUGGACUGGUGGAGAUGUGGCCUUCGACACCUAUUUCUCCAUGGCGAGAGGGAAUGCCAAGCAACCGGCUAUGGAGAUGACGAAAUGGUUCGACACUAACUACCACUACAUCGUCCCUGAGCUCGGUCCCGAGGUUAAGUUCACGCUAUCCUCGCGCAAGGUUUUGGAGGAAUACACUGAAGCGAAAGAGCUCGGCAUUGAGACUGUUCCAGUUCUGGUCGGACCAUUCACUUACCUGUCGCUGGCAAAGCCUGCUAAAGGAGUUGCCAAGGACUUCGAUCUUCUUGGGCUUUUGGAGGAUCUCUUACCCGUCUACAAGGAAGUGAUUGGCGAGCUGAAAAGUGCCGGUGCCAAAUGGAUUCAGUUCGACGAACCAGCUCUUGUUCUGGAUUUGGAGUCCCACAAGUAUGAUGUCUUUAAGAAGGCGUACUCCGACCUGGCACCGAGCUUUGGCGAUCUUAAGCUUUUGGUGGUGACAUACUUUGCGGAUCUUCCAGCUCCGGCCUACGAGCUGCUCACUGGACUUGAAUGUGUGGAUGGUGUGGGACUUGACUUGGUUCGCGGCACCAAGACUGUUGAAUUGAUCAAGGUAGCAGGGUUUCCUUCCUCGAAGAAGCUGUUCGCCGGUGUCGUUGAUGGUCGUAACAUUUGGGCCAAUGACCUCGCUUCAUCGCUCACGUUGCUCGGGGAACUGGAGAGCAAGCUGGGGAAAGGAAACGUUGUGGUAUCGACGUCGUCUUCACUUCUCCACACAGCAGUUGAUCUCAAGAACGAGACUAAACUCGACGCUGAGCUCAAGUCUUGGCUAGCAUUUGCUGCUCAGAAGAUCGUCGAAGUCGUUAGUCUUGCUGGGGCUCUCGGUGGAAAGAAGGAUGAGGAGUUCUUUGCGGCCAAUGCAUCUGCUCAGGCCUCUAGGAAGACGUCUCCUAGAGUCCACAACGACGAAGUGAAGAAGGCGGCUGCUGCCCUUCAAGGAUCGGAGCACAGGCGUGCAACUCCUGUGGCAGAUCGUCUUGAUGAACAACAAAAGCACUUAAAGCUUCCUAUUCUGCCAACAACUACAAUUGGAUCUUUCCCUCAGACAGCUGACCUGCGCCGAGUGCGACGUGAUGUGAAGAGCAAGAAGAUAAGCGAGGAAGAGUACGUGAAGGCCAUCAAAUCUGAAAUUGCCAGCGUUGUGAAGCUCCAGGAGGAGCUUGAUAUUGACGUCCUCGUCCACGGAGAACCCGAGAGAAACGACAUGGUUGAGUACUUCGGUGAGCAGCUGCAAGGUUUUGCUUUCACCGUCAACGGAUGGGUACAGUCCUACGGAUCCCGGUGUGUAAAGCCACCCAUCAUCUACGGAGAUGUGAGCAGGCCCAAGGCAAUGACUGUCGAGUGGUCUUCCUACUCGCAGAGCCUCACUAAGAGGCCCAUGAAGGGAAUGCUCACGGGACCCGUGACAAUUUUGAACUGGUCCUUCGUCAGAAAUGACCAGCCGAGAGAGAAAACCACGUACCAGAUUGCCUUGUCCAUCAAAGAGGAGGUCGAAGACCUUGAGAAAGCUGGCAUCCAUGUGAUUCAAAUCGACGAAGCUGCUCUACGAGAGGGUCUUCCUCUCCGCAAGUCCGAGCAGGCCGCCUACUUGAACUGGGCCGUCCAUGGUUUCCGCAUCACGUCGUGCGGAGUGAAAGACACAACUCAGAUCCACACCCAUAUGUGCUACUCCCACUUCAACGACAUCAUCACAGCCAUCAUCGACAUGGACGCCGAUGUGAUCACGAUCGAAAACUCUCGCUCGGAUGAGAAGCUACUGUCCGUGUUCCGGGAGGGAGUCACGUAUGGAGCCGGCAUUGGACCCGGCGUGUACGACAUCCACUCUCCGCGAAUUCCAGACACCGAGGAGAUGGCCGAGCGCAUUCGCAAGAUGCUUGCCGUCCUGGAAUCCAAAGUUUUGUGGGUGAACCCCGACUGUGGUCUCAAGACGCGAAAGUAUGGCGAGGUUCUCCCGGCGCUUACUAACAUGGUCAAAGCCGCCAAGAUCCUUCGCGCGGAGCUAGCCAGCACUCACUGAUCGAUCCCCUCACCUGGAAAGCGAGAAUUUUUUCCUAUGGCAAAAUAAUUUCUAAAGUGAAAUGCUAUUUUGGCGAGUUUUAUCUUAAUUGUUUAAGCAAGAAAAUGCGAAUUGGUAAAGUGUAAGAAAAUGCGCAUAAAUUGAAUUAAGAAAGGGGUA